AUGGACGGAAUCGUUGAUUCCGACUUGGAUCAGACUUUCGAGAUUGUAGAGCGAGAUACGGUGCCCGCGCCUCCAUCACAGCAAAGCGACUCGUACAAAAAACGCCUGUCUACUCUACUGAAAUGGCUCCAACCAACCGACUUUCUCUCUCCGGGAAGCGAAUUCAUGAAGCAUUUACACUCAUAUGUGCCUGGAACUGGUGAUUGGACUCACAAAUCGCCCGUCUUUCGCACCUGGGCCAACUUAGAUUCUAAUACCGACUCUAGAUCUGGUAAUGAUAACAAUAGUGGCUCAUGUCUCCACGUCCGCGGAUUAGCUGGCACUGGAAAAUCAGUAUUUUCGGCUUCCACAGUGCGCCAAUUGCAAGAGUCUGGCAGCAUUGUGCUGUUUUUCUUCUUUCGUCAGAUUGUCGAAAAGAACCACAGCGCCAACUACCUCAUACGUGACUUUGCCGCGCAGCUGCUUCCCCAUUGCCCUGCCUUGGUGACCACAUUGACCACUAUAUCAAAAGAUCAUGCAGUCAGCGGUAGCGAAAACAGCCUAGUAUGGCCUGCUCUUGUUGAGGCGCUCACCACGGGCAUCACAAAGAGUGUGUACUGCGUGGUGGAUGCUUUAGAUGAGAUGGACGAUGGAGAUUUUGAGGGCAUGACUCAUCGUCUCGUUGAGCUGGGCACCGCUGCACCUGGCAGAAUCAGGGUUAUGAUGACGAGCAGGCCAUUGCCAAAGAUUGAACAGGCGUUGAGCAACUCUGGAAUAGUGAAGCUGAAGCUUGAUCCUACCCUCCUUUACCCAGACGUGGCGCGUUAUGUCGACGCCAGGAUGGCCACGCUGGACCCUCCAUUAAGCCACGAAAAGAAUGAAAUGGUAAAGCAGACUAUCUGUGAGCGAGCCAAGGGGCUCUUUCUUCAUGCCAGACUCGUUGCAGAUAACUUGGCUGAAGGCUUGCGGGACAGGCACAUCACCGAAGAGACUCUGCCGGACAGCCUGGACCGCCUCCCAAUAACGCUUCAAGAGGUGUAUGAGGGCAUGUUGAAAGAGCAUGCCCAUCGCAGCGGAGUCACAGCAGAGCAACAAGCCAAAGUCCUCAUGUGCGUAACGCAUGCGAGUCGACCCUUGCGGUUAAUUGAGCUUGGAUCGCUGCUCUCCAACAUGCUGCACAUCAGUCUCGGACAAGGAAAGGACUUGGUACGGCAGAGUUGCGGUAGAUUAUUGGAACUCCUAGAAGAUGAGAGCGUGAGUGUCAUUCACCAUUCCUUUACUGAGUUUCUGCACGAUGCCACGAGAAAGACGAACGCCGACGCUUUCCCCGUUCUUGAUGACACAACCUCGCAUGAGAUGCUAUGCGUGCUUUUGUUGGAGUUUCUCGACGGUUGUCCGCAUUUCGAUGUUACUCUCGAUGACUAUAGAGAGGCAAAUUACGACAAUCACACGUGGGGAAGAAAAGAGAGAAAAAGAAGAGACGAUCUCGUCAACGACUUGCGAGUAACACACCCCCUGGUAUCAUACGCUGCUGAAAAUCUCGCCUUUCACCUCAACAAGGCAUCGGCACAGCCACUCGCAGUCAAAGAAGCCCUGACUCGCUAUCUAUGCCCCGGAAAGCCAGCAUUUGAAACAAUGAUACUGAUGAAUUGGAGAGGGCGACUAUCUGCCUCUUUCAACGUUUUCCACCUUGCCACUGCUGUGCGGCCCCCUCUCGCCAUGCCACUGAGGGUAGUCGAGAUAUUUGCGGCCACAGAACCAACACUUCUUGACGCUCAUGAUUCAGACGGCCGUACUCCUUUGUCUUAUGCUGCCGAGAAUGGUCAUAACGACAUUUCCCAGUUUCUGCUUGCUAAAGGCGCAAAUGCACAGUCGGGCGGUAGUCAAGGUCGAACGCCUCUGCACUGGGCGGCGUUGAAGGGGCAUCCGAGAAUCGUUCGACUUUUACUGGCUGCGGGUGUCGACCCACUGAUUAAAACAUUUCCGGUUCUUGAAGAAUAUGAUUCUUAUGAUGAGUACUUUAAGAGGUAUUCAGAGGAGGAAGCCGAGAGUCAGAGAGAGACCGCCUUGUCGUUUGCGUUCAGGGGCGAUAACCCCGGGGUUAUCCAAGCAUUCAUGCCCUUCAUUCCGCCAGCUGAAGUCAAUAAAUGCUUCCAUCAGGUCGACAACGUGGAAAAUAUCGAGGCCAUCCUAAACACGGGCAAAGUCGAUAUCGAAUGUUUCCGGGAUGGGAAAACAAGGCUGUUUAGAGCAGCUGAGCGCCACAGUCUGGACUUGAUCAAGCUGUUACUCAAGCACGGGGCUGAUCCGAAUAGAAGAAGUGCCCGCGAGAGUAUAUAUACCUAUGGAGAAAUAUCCCUGCAAGCAGACAACGAACAAGGACCAACGCCUCUUCAUGCGUUUUGCUCUCCCGACGACAGAUGCGUUCUCAUGAAGGGGGACGUGAACAAGGCGGAAGAAUGCGUCCGAGUUCUUGUCACGGCUGGAGCAAAAGUCAAUGCCACAAUGAGAGGGGAGCGCUCUGUCAAUGGCCACAAUUUGACGCCUCUCCAUCUCGCUGUGCUCAAGACUGAUACAACAUUUGGAUAUUGGGGCUCAUUGGACAAGUCUGAGGAGAUUCUGACCCGCGCGCUGCUUUUGCAGGGAGCCGAUCCCAACGCCCGUACAGAUACAGGAGAGACACCCAUGCAUCUCGCCAACCCAGAGAAGCCUCAGCUGCUUGAUUUGCUUGUUGAAUUUGGGGCAGAUAUAAACGCCGUGAAUGAGAUGGGAAGAACGCCGUUGCUCGAGAUCAUCAAGAAAAUGGGCCAUUUCUUCGCUUCAUUCUCUCUUUUCAAAUUAAAAGCAGACGCCUUGACAUUCCAAAAAUUCCUCGAUCUCGGGGCUGAUGUGCACGCUACAGACAACAAUGGAGAUAACGUGUUCCAUCACAUCAUGCAUAGCAUCGAGUUCUUUUCUGAUGCAAAGUUUUUCCCCUUUAUUCAGCAGCUUUUGAACUCUGGCGUGGAUUUAAAUCAACGGAACCGAAAAGGCCAUCCGCCCGUGUGGAAGUAUAGGCAAUGCGAUCGUACAGACGGUGGCAAUCAUAUGGACAAUGACGAGGAGCUUCUUCGAAUACUCGUCGACGCGGGCAUGGAUUUAAGCAUACGUGAUUUGAAGAAAGGCACGACAAUUCUGGGAGUGGUCGGUGGUAGAUUCAAAGAGAACAACAUUAUGCAGAUGUUUAUCCGCCUAGGGGCUCAAUUGUCCACCGAAGAUGACGCAAGUCUGUUACAUGAUGCAACGAAAGGUUACAAAAAGGACGCUGACUGGUUUCGCUACAUGAUAUCGAUUGGCACAAAGCCAGAUGUCCUCGGUCCUGGAGGGGACACGCUCAUUCACUCGGUUCUUCGCUCAGCUGGAGAUGAAAGUAAAUUCAUUGACAUCAUACAAGUUCUGGUUGAGGCUGGUGUCUCACCACUCACCACGAAUGAAAAAGGAGAAACGGCAUUGCAUGUGGUGAGAAGUACAAAAAUCUUGGAGCGUGUGCUUAAAAGCCCCUUAUUCAAGGAGUUGGACUUCAACCAGCAGGACGCGAACGGCUUCACCCCCUUACACCACGCCGUAUCUCUUGGAGAGAUAUCUGUAAAGGCUCUUCUUUGUGCUGGAGCUGAUCCAACCAUUCUCGCUGCCGUUGAUCUCUCCCCGCUACAUGUCGCCUGCCGGGAGGGUGCUGCUUCCAUCGUCAGCCUCCUCCUUUCAGACUACCGAAGUCGAGGCGUGCUUGAGAAAUACGUCAAUCUUCUAGGCGAGGGCAUGGCACCACUGCACUACGCCUGUCGUUCUGGUCGGCCUGAGAGUGUCUGGGAGCUGCUCCGGAGUGGCGCAGAUCCCUGGUUGUUGGAUGUGGACGGCCUUAUGCCGCUCCAUUCCCUGGCCGAGUUUGAUGACGUGGAAGAUAUAUGGCGCCGGCGUCGAAUACAAGCAGCGGAUAUUAUCACCAUGUUGCAGCAAGCUGGGGUUGAUUUGAACGUCGAAGUAGUUGUUGAAAAUGACGACGGGAAGACCAAGACUGUAACCCCUAUGGAUAAGGCCGUGGAGGAAAAGUGCUGGGAUAUGGUGCGUGCGCUUCUUACACGCGGCGCCAAGGCUCGGGACAGCCAGCUACAGUCUCCAGAUUUCAUCUUGGCUACAGAUAGACCCAAAACGGCCGAAAAAGCUCGCGAUGUCUCAUCUGCAUUGCCCAGUCCGCAGCAUGGCACCUUGUUGCGAGGGCGAUGGUCAGUCCUCUAUGCAAAGCACCGUCCUCUGAGCGAAGAGAAGCUAUACUACUUGGCAGACGGACAGGCCAUAUUGGAUAUACAGGCUAAGGUGGGUGAUGAGGGGCAUAGACUUGACCAACUCGAUCCCUUAAAGUAUGCUCUGGAUGACGGGGACUAUGACAGUAUCAAAGAGUACGCAAUACUGGGUGGUGAUGUGCUUGCUCUGGACGGUUCUGAGGACAAUACUCUCCUCCACCUCCUCGUUGAGGGGGGACAUGCAGACCUACUCGAGUAUUUUACCGACAAAGUGCAUCUUUUUGAAGCUCAAGGCUGGGUCCAGACAGAUGAAGAAAACUGCGGCACGCUUCUUGGCACAGCCUGCGAGCGUGACCUCCCAUCUUUACACAUCAUAAAGCUGCUCGUCGAGAAGAUUGGUGUUGAUGUCAAUGCUGUCUACAACCGACGAGGAUACUGCUACAAGAUUCGAGGAGGCACCGCAUUGCACAUUCUCGCAAGCGGCAGUCGCUUUUGGCAGAUUGAGGCGCUCGAGUAUCUUCUCUCAAAAGGAGCCAACAUAGAAGCGCUCAACAAAGACGGAAUGACGCCGCUGCUGGCGGCCCUGGACCAAAGUUGGCCUGAUGGUCACUGGCGAGAGGAGACGGUAAAGGUUCUGCUGAGACAUGGAGCGGAUGUGAAUGCAACUGUGCGUGAGACGGAGGAAUCGCGUGGAUACACCAGUGGCCUCUCGGCGUUGGACUUGUCGGAUAGGGGUGAGUUGACAAGGUUGUUGAUUGAGAACGGAGCAGAUACUAGACCUGUGCCGGGACUCAUAUCCCGCAUGGUGGUGAAAUGGCACGACCCUUUACAGAUUGGAGUGCUUCUAGAAGCUGGACUGGAUCCGAACGAGUUGCCAAUGCCUAAAACAGAGAAGGAAGACGUGCGUUAUGCACUACACGAAGCAUGCCGUCCGGAAACAACAGCUGGUACCUACAUGUACUCAGAGGCCGAAGUCCGUUCGCGAAAGGCAGCAAUUACAGGAUUGCUGCUCUCUUCUGGCGCGGAUCCAUUCGCAACGUAUCCCGACGGAAGAUGUCUGCUGCAUAGUAUCAUCGAAGACCAGGGUCAACUGGACAACGUCCUCCCUCAACUCUCACAAAAGGAUAUCGACCGCAAAGAGAGCCAGCAUGGACGCUCGCUUUUGACAGUAGCUUGCGUUCCGACUGUCCGUGUGGGACCACCAACUUACAGCAGAGAACCGCCGUGUCCGAGUAUCAUGUCUAAUUCUGUCCUUGGUUUGUUGAAAAAAGGGGCUGACGCUCUUGCUGUCGAUGAUGAAGGACGAACACCUUUACAUUGGAUCUGCACUCUUCCUGGAAACUUCGAUGAAGAACAACAGAAGGCUUUCCUCACGCUGAUCGAACACGGCCCAGCCGCUGUUCAUAUGGCCGACAAGCAAGGCCGCAAGCCUCUCCACUUAGCACUGGCGGCGUAUUCCGAUCGCAGCCAAGAGUCUCUCUUUGCCAUCAAGCAUCUUAUAUCCGCAGGCGCUAAUGUGAGCGAACCGGAUCCCGUAACAAGCAACUCGAUACUACACCAACUCGCGCCUCGUCUUGUCGGUCAUGCCGAAAGGGCUGCUGAAGCCACCAAACUCUUCCGCGAGCUUUCUUCUAGUCUCGAUAUAAACGCCCGUAACAACUUGGGCGAAACUCCCGUCAUGAGUUUCGCAGCUGCUGGAUGGGAAGGCACACGCGACCCAACUAGAAAAGUCUCUCAUCCCAGAUAUGCCAUUGCCAACGACAUCAAUCAUGCAACAGCCCUAAGUAUCUUUGUCGAUCUAGGAGCCGACCUAAUGGCUGUGGAUGCAAGAGGACAGACGUUGCUGCAUAUCACAGCAAGGCGAGACUUUCCAAUCGAUGGCUCGGAUUGGGAUCAACGUGAUGAUGUUAUCAGUGCAUUUGAGAAGUUGAUGGAACUGGGUGUCGAUCCGCGGAGAGAGGAUGUUGAGCUGAGGACGGCGAUUGAUGUUGCUGUUGCGAGGAAUGUACGUGGUAUUAUCAAGUUGUUUAGGCAGAAGGUUGAGAAGAAGGUGGAAGAGAGCGAUAGUUGA